GAUGGCCGCCAAAUGUGGAAAAAUGUAACUCGACGCAAGAUUUUUUUAAAAACAUGACUUUGUUUUAGCUUGUAUUUAUUAACUUAGUCACUAAAGUUGCUGUUAAAUCGUUCAAAAUGUUCACCGUAAAUACCGAUCUGUAAAGUCUCUGACAGAAACUGUAACGCAGCAAAUCCCGAGACUUGCUAUCAGCAUCAUGGCACUGUCGACAAAUGAAAGUUUCCCAGGUGAUAUUAAACUUACAAAUAAUGAUGAAGAACUAGCGACAAAGGAAGAAAUGUCUCCGUGUGUCCCCGGUCAGAGCAAAACAUCCGCCGCCAGAGUUUUAACUCAGGAGGAGCUGGACCGGCUGGGCGGGGAGCGGGCUCUGGUGUCCGACUUCAAGCAGAUGAAGUUGGAGAAAGAAGCUCAGAAAAACUGGGACUUGUUUUACAAAAGAAACACGACGAACUUCUUCAAGGACAGACACUGGACCACCAGGGAAUUUGAAGAGCUCAAAGCCUGCAGAGAGUUUGAGUCCCAGAGGCUGGUGCUGCUGGAGGCGGGCUGCGGUGUUGGAAACUGCAUCUUCCCUCUGCUGGAGGACGACCUCAACAUCUUUGUUUACGCAUGUGACUUCUCACCACGAGCUGUUGAAUUUGUCAAACAAAACCCUCUGUACUGUCCUGAGCGCUGCUGUGCCUUCCAGUGUGAUUUAACUAAAGAUGAUCUGAGGGACAACGUGCCCGAGGGCAGCGUGGACGUCAUCACUCUCAUCUUUGUCCUGUCGGCCGUCCACCCUGACAAGAUGAAGCUGGUGCUGCAGAACAUCGGCAGGGUGCUGAAGCCUGGCGGCAUCGUCCUGUUCAGGGACUACGGCCUGUAUGACCACGCCAUGCUCCGAUUUAAAGCCGGCAGCAAGCUGGGGGAGAACUUCUAUGUCCGCCAAGACGGCACCAGGUCCUACUUCUUCUCUAAAGAGCUUCUGGCCGAGCUGUGUGAGGAGGCGGGCCUCCAAUGUGUCACUAACGACUACGUCCUGAGAGAGACGGUCAACAAGAAGGAGGGGCUUUGUGUUCCCAGAGUGUUCCUACAGAGCAAGUUCACAAAGCUGGGCCAGUCACAGAGCUCUUGAUGUCAUCUGGCCUUUUUCCUGUCACCGCACAACCCUCUAAAGGUGCUGAGAAACAGAGGACCGAAAUGUCUGCUUGAUAUUGUCUGGGGAAUAUGUAUUUUUUAGAGGCAUUGAUGAUCUACUGACGAGGGCUUGCGGAUUACACCGUGCUGGUUUUGAAUCCUUCAGAUCAUGAGUGAGAUGCUGCUCCUUCACCGACUAUAAGGACGAUUCUUGUUCAGAAUGAUGAACUUUGUAAGUUCACAUCACUAAAGACCCAUGAGGAGCAGGAUUGUUCAGCAAAGGCCUCAACUGGAUGAAUCAUGACUCUCAGUGAUGGUAUUAAGCAGCUCACAUUAGUUUAAACAACAUUUCAAACCUUUUGUCAAACUCUGAUCAGACUUCAUCAUCAGGACGAAGUGUCAUGACUUUUCUCUCUGGUAAACAAACCAGUAUUUGAUUGUCAUUUUUGGACGUGGUGCCUUCUUUUAAAUUUGUACCAACACCUUUUAAUCUUUUUCACCAUCUUUGCCUGAUAGCAUUAAAAUAGUGUCUAACUG